AUGUCUCCUCUUCCUGUGGAGUCUAAUGUUCUACAAAAUGGAACACUGGUUAUAAACAACAUCAGGGAAUCACACCAAGGAAAUUACACCUGCAGAGCGACUAAUGCUUUGACAACAAUAGAAGCCAAAGUUAAAAUCAUCUUUCGUAAUAUUUCGUCUUGUUCUGUGAUAAGAAAAUACGUCAGUAGCGCAAACGGAAAUUACGUCAUUGAUCCAGAUGGCGAAGGGGGACUGGCACCUUUCACGGUAUAUUGUGACAUGACUGACAAGAAUGGAGUUGGCGUGACUGUCAUUAGUCACGACAGUGAAAGUAGAACACAUGUGAACGGAUGCGAGCCUAUAGGCUGUUAUUCACGAGACAUUGAUUAUACCGGAGCGAGUUUGUCUCAGCUCGCAAGUCUCACCAGUGUCUCCUCACAGUGUGAACAGUUUAUCAAGUAUGAGUGUCAUGAUUCAAUACUAAUAAGACGGAAGGGAGGUGAACACGGAUGGUGGGUGUCACGCGACUCCGCUAAAAUGACGACCUGGGGUGGAGCAUCACCUGGAAGUGGUAAGUGCGCAUGCGGGAUGACUAACUCCUGUGCAAACCCCAGUUAUCCAUGUAAUUGUGAUAAGAAUGACUUUGUAUGGCGUGAAGACAGCGGUCUGCUCACUGAAAAGACACAUCUACCAGUCAAACAGCUCAGGUUUGGUGACACAGGUGAUGGAUCAGAAGAAGGAUAUCACACUCUGGGAAAACUUAAAUGCUAUGGAAUAGCAUGAGCAGUUAACAUGGAAGCAGUAAAAAAAAUUAAUAGUCAGUCAAACCAACCUUAUAUUUCGUUGAAAGUUUGGCUUUUAAGUUAGACUGUUCCUGAAACAGUAUUAGAGAAAGUAUUGAUUUCAGAUAUAUUCCUUUCUGACAUGAGUAAAUUUUCUUGAUACUUGAGUACAUAGUUCUAUUGUGUGAAGUAACCACUCUGUUUUUUUUUUUUACAUUGACUUAAUUUCGAAGAUUUUAAGUGCACUCCAAUUUACUUAAAUAGUUUAUGGAAUUAUACGAGCAACUCAUCUCACCUCCCGCUUCAAUUUUCUAUAUUAACGACAGUUUCAGGAUGUGCUUUGUUACGGACCGUGGAGUUGACUAGUCAGCUCUAGUGGCGUUCUAAGAUUGUGGCGCAACUCGCAAAAGUUAAAUGCUAUGAGAGGGCAUGUACGCUUCAAUUCAAAUAUAGAUUAGAGUGUUUCCCGAAGCUUAGUUAGUCAAAAGCUGAAAACAUCCUCAGAACAUUUUAAGAAUAGGAAUAAUAAAAUCGCUUCUCAUGUUCCUUUAGUCAGUAUAGGCAGGGUAAAACGCUGUUAGCUAGAACUUCAAAAAGUUCUUGUUAACCAUUGUUUCAUUUAAAAGGCUUUAACGUGAAUGACUGUAGUUUUAUUUGCGUUCUA